AAUUUGUAAUGCAUUUUAUUUUCUUGUUGAUAAAUGUUAAUUUUGUUUGACAUUAUUUUAAGUUCUGAUUUUAGUAGUUUUGUGUCCAAUUUAUAAUGUUAUUCUUAAGGUUUUAGGUCAUAAUAGCUCAGAAGUUUGUUAUUUUUUAGUUGUAGAUUUUAAAUAUUUUUAUUUAAUUAUUUGAGCCUUGGGUAUUUCAAUAAUAUAAUGGGAUGGCCUGUAAAUAUUUCGAGUGGUCAAGUUAACUCUUACUAUAGAUUAGUAUAUACCAUCGAAUUUAGAUAAGAUACUAUAUUAGUUACGUGAUUGACAGAUGAACACGGCAAUUGACAGGCAUUAACACUGUUGUUUUUAUAUAUUAUUUAGGUAGAAUGUUAUUUUUUAAAAAUUACCAUUUAGGCGAUCGUAGUAACUCGUAUACAUACCGACAGAUAGUGACACGUACGUCUUCUGUUGGCACGAAUUUCGCUAUCUCAGUCAACGAUACUUUCUUAUCACGUUUGUAUACACCAUACUGUCGUUUUCGUCAGUCAGUGUUCUGCUGUCACGUAAUUUGUGUGCUAUUUCAUGUUCUGAUGUUCAAUUACUUUUAUUUUUUUUUGUCAUCUUGCAUUCUUUAUACAUUUAUAGAAUUAAAAUCCGUUUAUUCGCCGUCGUUACUGUAAUGGACAUUGCUAUUACAAUUGUGUUCCCUACUGUUUACCUGUAACGUUAUUAGUACACUUAAUAAGGUAAGUAAUAUGUGAAGUCGUAUUUGUAUCGAUAUGAUGUUCUAAAUAUGUGUGCUUUUUUAUGAAACCCGAUUUUUUUUAGAUGAAUGUCAAGAAGAAAAUCGUACCGGUUUUAUGCCUUAUGUCUGCUUAUUUACAUUGGCUCAAGCCUCGUAUGCUUUCCAUGUCGCCGUCUAAGGACGGAAAAUCGCUGCUGUUGAAUUUGUGCGGCCGUUCCAGGUUUCUCAUACCGAUGAUUGUUUUUACAGCGUUUUGGUUAUUUGAUGCACAAAUGCACAUAGAAGCUUCAGUUCACCUAUCACUCUCCCGUAACGUGCACUUAACGAUUGGACGUGAAGUCGCGCAACUUGAUAAUGAUGAUGACGAUGACGAUGACAACGAUACAUACUCAAUUGAUUCAUAUACCGAUAGUAGUCAGUCAGACAGUAGUAGUAUGAGGCAGGCUAGGGCGAUAGCACUACAACAAGAAAUUGAUUUUAUACAAACCUUCAAUAGGUCUCGUCCAGUGAGUAGUUAAUUAUUAUAUAGUAAUAAACUUUUCAAUAUUAUAAUAUUUCUUUUUACAAUUAAAGAUUGUUUUUUGUUAAAUAAUUUUGGAAGUCUGCUUUUAUGGAUACAUAAAAAUGCAUGUUAACUAGUUGUAUGUAAAACUUGUAUAAAGUAAUUAUACUAGAAAAUUUUUCUACAUGAGUGGGGUAGACAAUCUUAAACCUUAUGCUGAAUUCACAUAGAAAUUUUACCAAAAUAAAAUAAAAACAUUACCCUUUUUAAUUUAGAAAUACUUAAUUUUAUAAAGCACUUGUCAAAGACAAUUUUUUUUUUCAAAAUGUGUGUUUUUGCGUGUACAUUAAGAAUGUAAAAAAAAAGUUGAAUUUUGUUUGGAAGUUAUACAGAAAAACUUCAUGAAGUUCAGGCUUUUCGUUUUGUGUAUUUCUUAGUUACAAUUUAACAUUUAAAAUUUUUUUUUCCAAAAUGUUUGUUUUUUAUGAUUAAUCCAUUGGUAUAAUCAAAACUUAUCUAUCAUAAUUAUUUUUGAAGUUAUUGUAAUUAAAAAACACACAUUUUGAAAAAAAAAUCUAAAAAAUCGAUAGGUUGCUAAACUAGAAUUGUUCCAAAUUUGAAUACUUCAGUACUAUUAAUUUAUUUAUUGAUAAAUUUGUAGUCUAUUUGAAAUAUGGUUUUUAAUAUGUUAUAUAAAAAUAUUUCCAUAGUACUUUAUACUAAGGAAGUUUAAUAAGUAAUACGUAUUACAUGUAAUUAUGUAGUAUAUUAUAUUUGUUACAUUUUUAUUAGUAUUACACUACUGUACUAUAGUUAAUUAAACAUGUAUUAUAUAUUUUAAAUUUUAUAGAAUUGAUUUUAAUGAUAUUAUAUGUGUUUCAGAUCUGAAUUAUAUUAUAACAGUAGAAAUGAUAACAACUACUAGCAAGUGAGUGGAGAUUUUCAGUUUUAUACAGUUAUAAUAUUAUGAAUUUGUAUAAUUUUAAUUUUCAUAACCUAUUAAAGUUACCUUUGUGUAACCUAUACAAAAUCAUUAAAUAAGCCAGCAAUAAUUGUUAUUUGUUUGUGUCUAUUUCAAAUUUAUAAAGUAAAUUUUGAGGUACGAUUAUGGUAAAAUAUUGAAAUAGUAUAUUGAAGUAUUUCCUUAUAGAAAUACAUUUAAUAUUGAUGUACCAUCUGUCUUAUUUUAGCAUGUAAAUUAAAUCAGAGCAGUAUAAAAUAAUAUAAUAUAAUAAGUAUCAUAAAUUAAUACAUACUUCUCUUUGGUUCAGUUUACGCUGUGUAUAUGAUGUUAAAUUAAAAAGGAGUUUUAUCUUACAGACCAUAGUCUGGCGUAUAUUAUGAAACCGACCAUGGUCAGCAUAUACACAGCAAAUUUUUUUCCUUGUAAAAAAUAUUUCUGUUUUGAUGUUAUAUGGACACUUUAUUUUAAUUCCUCCCUGUUUUUAAUAAUUUAAAAGCAGAAUUUAAAAAAAAAAAACUUUUUAAAAGGUGAUUCAAUUAAAUAAAUUCAUUUUAUAGUAUUUCCCUGUUAAACCCUUGCAACUGUCAUAUUUAAGCAUUUUAAGAAGGGUACUCAUUUAAUAUUUUUUUAUUUUGCCUUUGUUACAAAGGUAGCUCAUUGAUAAUUAAAAAUAAUUAAUUUUCAUUCCCAAAUUAUUAAAACCAUCAGCUAUCCUAUGUUGAAUUUUAUAAAUUUAGCUUCGAGGUGCCCCUUCUUACAUUAUUCUAGAUAUUCACAGGGGCACUGGGUUGGUAGCUUAAGCCCCUGAUCAGUGGUGCAAUUAAGUGAGUUUAGGUAUUGUCUUUAUUUGUAUAGCAAAAAUGUUAAUUAUUAUUAUUAUCCAAAAUUUGGUUAUUGAUCUCAAGAUUUUGAGAAAAGUCAAAAUAUUAAAAAAAAGUUCAUAUAAUUUUUCGCUGUCUUCACAGAUAAAAAAUUAAUCAAUUUUUCUAAUCUUUGAUUUCUUUUCCUAUACCUAAAAGCACAGUUCCAGGAAAAAUUAUAUUUUUUUUAGAAAAUGAAUGUAGCUAUAAUAUAGGUGUUAAUAGUCUUUUGAAUAUAAAGGUAUUUUAAAAUUUUUUCAUUCUGAAAUUAUUUAAUUUACCUUUAGGGAGCUGGUAGGGAAGUGGAACAAUGGUUUUUAAACUAAAACCCACAUCUAUUUUUCCAUUCACUUUUUUUUUUUUUUUCGACAAUUUGAGCAGUGAUCCACAUUGACGUGAUCAUAAAUUGUUUUUUAGAUGUCAACCAAUAUAGUAAUUUGGCUCAUUAAUAAAUUUUAUACAAAUAUUGAUACCACAUAACUUGGGCACCUUGAGUCAGUUUCCAUUAUUUUGUAGUUGUUAUUUGUAAAGAGAAAGGGCAAAAGAAAAUGACUUUUGGUGUUUUAUAAUUCAGUUAAAUUGGCAACAUCAAUAAAUUAUAUAUUUAUAUUGUAAUAUAAAUAAUAUAAUAUAAAAGUUUAUGGAUAUAUUGACGUUUGCUAACAUGGUGUUUAAUAUAUUAUUUUUAUCGUUUAUUUAUAUAGAAUAUGUACACUUUGAUAUAUAUAUAUUAUUUAAUGAAUAAUAAUAAUAAAUUUACAACGAAUAACAAAUUACAAAAGAUUAGAUUUUGAGCACUUACAUUAAUAAAUAACAAAUAAUAUUAGUGUGGAAUAAUUUUUUUUUAAUCAAUAGGUAUUUAUAAUAGGUAUAAUCUAAGAAACCAUUGAAAAAAAAAACAGGAAUAUUAUGUUUAAUAUAGUACGUACAUCAAUAACAAAUGAGAAGACUGAUGUUAAAUUUAAUAGUAUAUUGUAGUAUUUAAGAUAAUAUUUGACUUUGUAUCUUAAUUGUAUGAAAUAGUUUUAUAUAGCAAUGAAGCUGUUAUACUUACAAUAUAUAAAAAUAUUAUAAUUGUGUAAAUGUAUAUUGUAUAAUAUGUAAAGUAUAUUGUAUUUAUAUUAGAUAAAAUUGUAUAUUUAAGAAUAAUUAAUUUAUAUUUAUAUAUCAUUAUACUUAAACUUUUUUUUUAUUGUAUAUAAUAGAGUUUUUAUUUACAUCAAUAAAACAAUAUUAUCUAAAAUGCUCUUAAACCAUAAAAUAACACUAAUGAGUAGGUUUAGAUUUUUGGUAUAUUUUCAAACACAAUGAUAAUCAUCGGUGUUGUAUUAUAAUAAAAAUGUAACAUAAAAGCAACAGUGAUAAUUUUAAUACAUAUUAUUUACGAUAACUUAAAUUUAUUUUUAAUAUAAUAUUAUUUUAUAUAACCAUAUAUCUAAUAAUAUAGUCGAUUAACUGACUGUAUUUUAACUAUAAUUAUGUAGUAACACGCAAUUAUAGUUUUCUGUCUGUUGAGCUCUGUUCUCCAAACUAAACUUGCAUGUCUCAUUUUGGAUCUGAAAAAAAAGAAUUGCAAAAAUUGUUAAUAAUAAUAAGUUUGAAGUAAGUAAGUACCUAUGUAUUUUAUUCUAAAGCAUUAACAAUUCGUUACAUAAUAAAAUGUUAAUUGUCAAGUUUCAC